UGAUGAUCAGUGUAGCCCCAGCAGUGCCACCUAUCAGUGCUCAUCAGUGCCUUAUGUCAGUGCUCAUCAUGCCUCCUCAUCAGUGCCCAUCAGUGCCACCUAUCAGUAGCAGGGAUCAGCACCGAUUAUCAGGGCACUGAUGAUCAGUGCCCUGAUGAUCGGUGCCCAGCAGUGCCACCCACCAGCUCCGUCCACCUGUGCCCAGCAGUGCAGCCCACCUGUGCCACCCAGCAGUGCCCCCCACCAGUGCUUAUCAGUGCCACCCAGCUGUGACACCUACCUGUGCCCAGUAGUGCCACCUACCUGUUCCCAGUAGUGAUACCCACCUGUGCCCACCAGUGCCACCCAUCAGUGCAGCCCAGCAGUGCCACCAGUCAGUGCCCAGCAGUUGUGCCAGUCAGUGCCACCAGUCAGUGCCCAGCAGUUGUGCCAGUCAGUG